UUGACAAAAGAUCUCAGAUUAUUCAUUUCCCUCAAACAUGGUUUAACGAACCUUCGGGUAGUAUUUCGAAUACGCUCGGAGAACAAGUGUAUCUGUAUAAUGUAACAGAGCUUCCAGCAAUACAAUACGAGUUUAAAGGCGAAACAGCCAGAGAGAAAUUUAUCAGAGAACGAAGACGUAAUUCUAUAAAAAAGGGAUUUCUUCACGCUUGGCGUGGUUAUACCAAGUAUGCAUGGGGUUAUGAUGAGUUAAUGCCAGUAACAAACAAGAGUCGAAAUAGUUAUAACGGAUGGGGCGCGACGAUUAUAGACUCACUGGACACUUUGUGGAUAAUGAAUUUGACAAAAGAGUUUGAACAGGCGAAAGAAUUCGUGAGAACGGUGAACUUUACAACUAGCGAGAACGAUAUUAGUGUUUUCGAGACCACAAUUAGAUACCUAGGUGGACUAUUGAGUGCCUAUGAAUUCUCUAGAGAUUCGAUAUUUUUAGAAAAAGCAUUAGAGUUAGGAACUGCUUUGUUACCAAGUUUUAACAGUCCCUCUGGAUUACCUUAUAACACUUGGAAUCUCACUAGGGGAAGAACAGAGCCAAACUUCCCACAACUUAGCCCGGGAAUAUUAUCUCAGGCUGGAACUUUGCAAUUGGAAUUUAUGAAAUUAGCACAACUUUCGGGAAAUAGUGAAUUUUUCUACAAAGUGUGUUUUGUUCCUGGGAUGUUAGCGAUAGGUGCCAAAGUGCUUAACCGUCCCGAAGAUCUCAAGGUCGCCAAGAGGCUAGUGGAGACAUGCUAUUGGUCAUAUGAUGCGACACAUACCGGAAUAGGAGCCGAGUCAAUAUGGUUUAUUUCAGCAAACAAUACAUUAAAUGAAAAAGAGAAACAAUGGAUAGAAUCUGUACACAAAAAAAAUGGUGUUCCUAGUGGUUUAAUGAGAAUUGGUCCCGAGUAUUACCUGAGACCAGGUAAUUGA